AUCUCUCUGCUAGCAGGUUUUACGUCUUGCGUCUUUCGCGUUUAUUUAUCUAGCAGGUUUAAUAUUAACAAAAUCUUUGUUGCAAGUUAAAUUCGAAAGCCGCUUUAUAUCCUAAUGCCACGUUCAUUUUUGGUAAAGCAGUUCUUUGAAAAAAGUAGCAACAGAUUGCCUAAUGCUUCUAGAUUUCGUUCUCUAAGUACUUAUCAUUCGAAUGGUUUAGAUGAUCAUAUAGAUAAGAUGGGAUUUAAAAAAGAUUUAACAUCCAGCGAAGAUUGUUUUGAUCGGCUAUAUACGAACCGACAAUGUUGCAACAAUUUUCUUCUUAGCCGCAACGCACACAAGCAGCGCGCGUAUUCGCCUAAUAGUCGACUUUUAAGUAAAUCUUACGAUGCGUUUUCUAAAUUAGAUUUUAAUAGAAAAGGUUCUGUCGAGACUUUUUUGGGUGAAUGUAAUCAAGUUAGCAUGUGUGAUAGAUCUAAUCGAUAUUCGGCAUCAUCUAAAUCUAGAGUAGCAGAGUUUUUGACAGAAAAUUUUGAUCAAAAGGAAACGAUUAUCAUAGUGCAUCCAUCUGAUUACGACGACGCAGUACACGAUGUUCAGAAAGUUCAGUUUGAAAACAAAAAUUUGGAGGGAGGAAAAGAUAUUUUGGAUUUUAAUUAUCACAAUGACCCUCCUCAAAACAUUCAAAAAGUUCCAGAAAUUUUUAAUAAAAUUGAAAACGAAAAAUUAUUUAGUACUAAACAGAUUAUAAUUGACGCCAGCAGAUCACAAAAUGAUACGCUAAGUAAAUCGAAAUCCGGCAAACCUCCACGUACCUUUUCGUGUAAAUAUUGUGUUAAAGACUACAUGACACUUGGAGCAUUAAAAAUGCAUAUACGCACCCACACUCUUCCUUGUAAAUGUCCCAUGUGUGGAAAAGCCUUCAGCCGACCUUGGCUCCUUCAAGGACAUGUUAGAACUCAUACGGGAGAGAAGCCUUUUAAAUGUUCACAUUGUAGUCGCGCUUUUGCUGAUCGUUCUAAUCAACGCGCUCAUAUGCAAACGCAUUUUGAAUCCAAAAAAUUGGAAUGUAGUAAGUGUUGUAAAACAUUUAUUCGGUUUUCACAAUUAUCGAAACAUGUUCUUAUUGGUUGUGAUGUCGAAAAUCAACCCCCUGUUACCUCUUAAACUGUUUAUACUUUUUCGAUGUACUUGUUUGAAAUCAAAAAGUGAUAUCGUUAUUGUUUUUAUAGAGUGUUUAGUAGAUAUUAAAGAACAUGUAUGGAUUUUAUUCAAUGUUUACAGAUUUCGAAUUACUAACAACGCAUCAAAGCGCUAAUUGAACAUGGCUUUUUAGUCCUCUCCUAUCCGCCAUUAAAUUUAAAUUUUUCCUUGAAAAUAUGAUACUGUUAAUUGUACUUAAAAAUUCAAACGAUGUGCACAUAAUUUUCUAUAAACUUCAAAUUGAAUACGGAAAAAAAGUAUUAACGUUUUCUUUAUAUUCUUAUAUCCUUUAUAUUCUUAUAAAUAUAAGCCUUUUUAGACAGUUUUAGUAGUAAAAGUGUAUUUAUAAAAAUAUUUUCUUUAUAUUUGUACCUAUAUUUGUAUAUAUGUUAUGAAAUGUGUUGCAGAAAAACCUUUUUUCUUCGAU